AUGGAAUAAACAAGAGAUAGUUUAUUAUGUAGAUUCAUAAUCAAUCUUGAUAUAGAAGAAAAGAAGCCAGAUAGAUUAUUUUUUCAUUUAUAAAAUGCAUAUUGGUAUUAUUUGGAUUUUCUUAAUCCAGAAGAUAAAAUGUCAUAAACUGAAUUCUAUAAUUGGUUAUUAACACCAUUACCUGAAUUUAAUGAAAUUAGAACUAAUUUAAAACAGUAAUUUAUUAUAUAUAAUCUAAAUAGUUAUUUAAAGUAAUUCAAAAAAUAUUAAAAACAUAUUCCAUUAUAUGGCGCAAUAUUAUUAAAUGAAAGUUUAGAGAGUGUUUUAUUAGUUAUGAAUUAUAAUUAAACAGUAUAUUCAUUUCCCAAAGGAAGUUUGGGAAGAAGUUGGUUAUGAUAUAUCAAAGAAAAUUAGUGAUAAAGUAUAAAAUAAAAAAUAAUAAAUUUAUAAGGAUUAUUUAGAAUUCGUUUGUGAAGAUACAGGAUAAGCAUAAAGAAUGUACAUAAUAAGCGGGGUUAAUGAAGACCAUAAAUUUAUUACCAGCACUAGAUUUGAGAUUGGACUUAUUCAGUAACAAUCUUUCAAAGUUGCAGGUGGGUCCAAAUUAAAGAGAUCCAACGUGGUGAUCCAGCCUAUGUUUAUUUGAAUCCAUUCAUCCAGG